CUCUAAUAUCUCACAUAUCAAUAAUUCAGACCGGCUGCAAGCAGACGCUACGCUAUGCAUUUCCACUCCGCUCAGCCUUGGCAGGGGGCGCGUCGUACACUUCUGGGGUCAUUUCACUCAGCCUUAAAGUAAAUCGAGGGGAGGCAUUAGUGGUGGGACACAACACCGUAUUUUUUAUUUGGUGCGGAAACUUUAUCAAUACUCCUUCAAAAACUGGAUCGGAGCGUAAUCGGGGGAUAAGGGGAUUAGAAGAAGGACUUCAGCAGGAAUUGUCCAGCAGCUCGAAAGUCGUCAUGUUAGAAAUUGUCGUGGCUGUGGUGUGGAUGGCUGGAGUGGUGUGCGGGCAGAAUGAAACAGAACCUAUAGUGUUAGAAGGCAAGUGUCUAGUGGUUUGUGACUCCAAUCCAGCGUCCGAUCCAACUGGGACAGCUUUGGGCAUCUCGGUUCGGUCUGGCAGUGCCAAGGUGGCGUUUUCUGCUGUUAGGAACAAUAACCACGAACCGUCGGAAAUGAGCAACAGAACCAUGAUCAUCUACUUCGAUCAGACUUUAGUGAACGUUGGGAACAACUUCGACUCCGAGAGAAGUACAUUUAUUGCUCCAAGAAAAGGGAUUUACAGUUUUAAUUUUCACGUGGUCAAAGUGUACAAUCGGCAAACAAUUCAGGUAAGUCUCAUGCUGAAUGGAUGGCCAGUAAUCUCGGCCUUUGCAGGCGAUCAAGAUGUCACAAGAGAAGCUGCCAGCAAUGGAGUCCUGAUUCAGAUGGAGAAAGGAGACCGAGCUUACUUAAAACUAGAGAAAGGAAACUUAAUGGGUGGCUGGAAGUUUUCUACAUUUUCUGGAUUUCUGGUAUUCCCUCUUUAAAUGACUGAUUGGGACGCAGAAAUGCCAGUUUUGGGGACAUUAGAAUGACAAGCAGCUGCACAAGAGCUCUGGACAACAAACUUUUAUACAAUUUACAAAGAGUCUCGCGCUCAGAUCUGCUUAUAGGCCUGUCUAUGUCCGCUUUGAGGCAUACUGUAUUUUGUUGCAGCCAAAGGCCACAUCGUGUAAUAAUUCAUUAGAAUAAUUGUUUACAAAUUGUUUCCAGUACUUGGAAUACAUUCUUUUGGGGUGCAUUUAUGUUAAUUUUAAACUAUAUAACCAUUUAAAAAUGCUGCUUAUUUUAUUUUUAAUAUAAUUAACCUAAGUUUUAGCUAGGUCUGUACUGAAAAAUGAAUUCCUAAGUAUAUUGUGCCACGAAGAAAGAGUCAGAAGAAAGAACAUUUUUGUAAGAUAAUGAUUGCAUUUUGAAAAUGCAUACUUUAAAGCUAACCACAGGAAAAUAAUUUCUUGCUUCUUGUACGUAACUAGGGAUGACUGCGGGAUUUCGGGCUGAUGGACGUUUUUAUGCUUGGUGUUUUAAACCUUGUUAAUAUGCCCAUACGGAUCGCCAUAAAUUAUACUGAAAUUUUAUGAUAAUGUAAUAUAUGUGUGAAUAUUUACAUUGAAUUUUACUUUACUUUACUGCAAUUAAAACUGGCUUUUAUUUUUCUUAAA